AUGUCUGGCUACUCAUAAGUAGGAUUGUUUGAAAACCGUUCUAAUAACUUGGAUUCUCUAUCUAAUGAUGUGCAUCUUAUUUAGUAAACACUCCAAGGGUGGACUUAAAUUUUCAGUUAACUAAUGGAGAUUAGCAUAGAAACACAUAAACAAAAUCAGUCCAACGUAUUGUUAAAUUAUUUAAAUACAGACUGCAUUACUUUAACAAUUGAUGAUAUAAUUGCAAUAAAGAUCCUAAUAUUCUUAACCAAAAGACUAGAUUAAAUUAUCUCCAAUUAGACCAACUAAAACUGAACCAGAUGAAUACAUAAAACCAGAAAAUUUUUCAAGGAUCUUUAAUAAUCCUAAAAAGGUAUAUUAAUUGUAUAUUAUAAAGAUUUCUAUCAUGUAAUUGUAAGGGACUCCAUUUGAUUCAGCUUUCGAAAGUAUUAAUAAGGAACUAGAAGAUCCAAUAAGAGAUGACUUAUAUUUAUCUGUUCCUAAGUCAAUGUAAUUGUCUAUUGAUAAAAAUAUGCAAAAAAAGAAUCAAUAAAUAGAUCUCCAUCCACAAAGUGCUAAAAACACUUAUGAGAAUAAAUAAUUUGCUUUUAAUAAACCAACUCGUUCUUAAGAUAUGAAAUCUAAUAAAGAGAAUAAUUUAAAUUAGUAUCCUAUUAAUAGACCAGAAUCUAAACGUAAUUUUGAUUAACCACAAUUAUCUACUGUACUUGAAGAAAAUCAAUCAUCUUUGAUGAUUCCUAAUGAAAAUAAUAUUAGAUGUAAUAUAUUUGAAAUUAUCAUCAGAUUCUAUUACUUAAUCACACAGAUAAUAUGAUUUAAGUUGUAAUUAAAAAAAUACAUAGAAUAGUUAAAGACCACUUAAUUAUUACUAAUAAUAAUAACUAUAAUUAGAGAAUAACAGAGCUUCAUCAAAAUCAUGUUAUGGAGCAAAUAAUAAUCUUUAACAAUAGAUUCUCACUAACAAUAUCAACAUAAUGAAUUCAUAAUAGCAUUUACAAUUGUAGUAAUAAUAACCAACAUAAAAUUAAUCUUAAAAUAAUUUAAAUAGUUAAAGUACAAAAAAUAUCAAAUAAUAUCAAUUCUAAAAUACUAAUGUUUCUAUUAAAUUGCCAAUCGAUACUGUCAAUUAAGUAAAAUUUUCAAAUUCUAUAAAGAUAUCAAGCCAAAGAGCUAAAAGCUACAGUGAAUAAAAUUGUAAGAAACAAUUAAGCAAACGAUGUUUGGAUGUUGAUUUAUUUGAUAAAAAAUAUGAAACUAGUUAGGAGUUGAUAUGGAAAGUUCAGAAGAACAAAAUAUGAAA